AUGGCCUCCUCCAUGACGUCGCUGCUUUUCCGUGCAGCCUCGACGAGCCUCGUAGCGCGGCGCAUCACGGACGCCGUCGAAGACCAAGAAGCAAGUGGUGCAAAUGCGGACACGGUAGACGUGGACUCAGAGGAAUCAAACAUCAUGAUUGUGAUUCAUUAUGUCGCUAUUGUGCUGCUUAUUAUUAUGUCGGCCAUCUCGUCGGGGCUCACGCUGGGGCUCAUGUCACUGGACAAAGUGAGUCUGGAUGUGAUCGUCCGUGCUGGCGAGCGUCCAGGAGCUACGAAGGACGAGAUGAAGAAGGCCAGGGCAGCGAGACGCAUUCUGCCAGUCCGAGCGGACAGUAACCUACUGCUUACGACGUUGGUGCUCACUACUGUAGCGGUGAACAGUCUGCUGUCGAUUCUAAUGGCGGAUUUAACCAGUGGCCUCGUGGGUUUCUUCGCCUCGACCAUUCUCAUCCUCAUUUGCGGCGAGAUUGUCCCGCAAUCACUCUGCUCGAGACACGCACUGGCAAUAGGAUCGAUGUUUGUGCCGGUCGUGAGAGUGUUGAGGAUCAUGCUGUACAUUUUCGCCAAACCGGUGAGCUACGUGCUGGACCGCACGGUCGGGGAGGAUGUGGGCACGGUUUUCACCAAACGAGAGCUCCAAAAACUCGUGGAAAUUCACGUGAGACAGAAGAUCAUGCACCCCGAAGAGGGGUAUAUUGUACGCGGUGCAAUGCGUUACAAGACAAAAGUCGUCAGCGAUAUUAUGAUCCCGGCCGAGAAACUCUUUUCGCUUCCGAUAUCCUUUACCACGCUGACUUGUUUUAAGAGCUGCGCAUUUACAAUACUCAACUUAGAGACGCUCAAGAUGAUCUACAACAACGGAUACAGUCGAAUUCCUGUGACCUGA